CCUCAUACCCUACUUGAUAUCCAACUCGGUGAUGAUUUUAACCAACCUAUUCCGCCUGGAGUUAUUCCACCAUCAGUAAAAAAACUUUGUUUUGGCUACGCUUUCGACCAACCUUUAGUUCCACAGUCUAUACCAGAUUCUGUAACCCACCUCUCAUUUGGCUAUAGUUUUAACCAAAAUAUAUCAUUUUCUUGCCUACCCAGCUCAAUAUCUACUCUA